GUGGUUUCUCCCCACUCUCAAUACCAGAUCCGAUAUCCAUCAACUCGUACGUGACUAUUCGUACAUAAGUGGCUGCCGAUUCUUGAUCGCCUUCCGAAUACCCAUGAUCGUUGGAAAUGGAUUUCGCUGCGUCUAAAUCGUAUGCCGAAACAGUCCUCUCCCAAAAUCGGUGACUGAGAUCUCCUCGUUUUCCCACAUCAAUUGAUAUUAUGCGGUCAAUCUUUGUUACUCAUUCUUUGGAGAUCUAUUCAUCUGUGGAUUCUCUCUCAUUUGUGUUUAUAUUAAUCUUCAGCACACGGCAUUCUGGCACUCUAUCUUCAAUUCCAUUUGCAAAAAGUGCUGGGAGAUGGAGGUUACCUCUGCUUAUCGUUCAGUCUGUUGUGUUCCUGACAUUGCUCUCAACUGGCACUCUCGAGGAAAAGAUUUACUGUGGCUAUUUUGGCAGCCCGUUAUUUUCAGAACUUGGCGUGUCCAGCCAUCGGAUCCUGCAAUAUUUCUAGCUCCACAGACCUCCGUUCUUUCAAAUGAAUACGGAUCGUCCUAUCAGUACUACAUUUUGUUCCAUGCCGAAGGGACGAUCAUUUCGUAUUCUCUUGUCUGUAGCAGACACAGGAACUUGUUGGCAUACUAUAAAUACCUCUGUCCUUUUCGCAAGCAGACUCAAUAUCCUCAUCAUUAUAUUCAAUUUAAAGUCACCAGUAACUCUCAGAACUUCUACGAAAUGCAGUAUUCAAUCCUCCUCAAGGUAGCUUCGGUCUUGGCAAUGUCCAGUUCCAUCUUCGCCUCCAACCUCCACUGCGGAUGCUAUUACAAGGGCGCGAACCACCCCCGGAUCACGAACAGGUGCUGCGAGCUGUAAAAAGCCCUUCUUGAUAUGGAUUACUUCGCUAAAGCGGCGGAGUGCUCGAAAGAUGGUUCAAACUUCGACACUGGAGCUUACGUGGCAUGUUGCGAGAAAUUUCAUUAUACUGGUUAUUGCUGGACUGUGGAUUAGGAUUGAUCUGGAACUGAAGCGAUCGAUACAUACGCUAUAUUGGUCUAGCAGACAGGGUAGCUGCUUGUCAAGCAUGUGGUCCAAAUAUGAAGUAAAUUGAUGGUUGAAAUUUGACCCACGUGAUUUUUCUCUCUUCGUCUGUGUUGCUGGAGUAGACAAAGAGAAAGCUGAUGAAGCUUAUUUUGAUAAUAAUUUGACCUGCC